GAACGUACAUAUCAUGUUCAGGGCUUUCGCGAUGCCAAUGGGUUGGAGGAAGCGCUUACAAAAAAUUAUUCGUACAGAGGUGGGUACGGCAUAGAGUUUCCCGACGAGUGGUCCGACAUAUCCGAAUUGCCGAAUAAAUUUCGAUUUGCUCUGCGGUUUCCUGUCAACAGAGAAGACCAUUUUUCAACCAAUGUCCUGAUGUCGCUGAGCGCAAAAGCAUUACAGUACCGGCUAAGUGGGUUUCUGAUUCUUCAGACGGAAAUCAGCUUAAAGUAUCUGCAGAAAAAGAAUUCGACCCAAACUUUUACUCGACCAAAACUCGAAUUACUCUAUGAUGGGAAUAUUUUCCUAGUAUUCAUGAAGGUUUCUGGAGUACUUUUAAUGAUACUAUUUUUGUUCCCCUUCACAUUGGAUGUUAAGAGCAUUGUCGAGGAAAAGGAGCUCCAGCUGAAGGAUCUGUUGAACAUCUCCGACGUUAGCAACUCUCUCCAAUGGCUGGCUUGGUAUGUCAAGUCCAUGAUAAUUCUAUUCAUACUAUCGCUGAUUAUUACAAUAUUUUGGACGGUGGUCGGUCUGCCUGGCGCGAAGGAUACGCCCCUUCUCGGUAUGCCCGCCUUCCCUCACACUGACUGGUCGGUCUUUCUGUUAUAUUUGCUUGUGUGCAGCCACUCUCUCAUAUGUUUUGGCUUCGUGGUCAGCGCCUUCUGCGCUCGCAGCAAUUGGUGUGCCAUCAUUGCCAUCCUUCUGUUCAUUGCAAGCUCCCUGCCCAAUUAUGUCACGGACAAGGACAAUACUGGGACACUGUUGAACAUCCUGUGCAGCAUUUUCGUUGUGUCAGCCAUGAGCAUGGUCAUGGACCGAAUUGCCGUAUGGGAACAGGCGGGUUUGGGCCUGCAAUGGAGCAAUCUUUUUGAGACGUCGUGGGCCCGAGACAGCAUUAGCGUGGGUGCGAUACUGAUACUCAUGAUACUGUUUAGCCUAAUCUCGAUCCUCGUCUGCCUGUACAUGGAGAAAGUGAGGCCAGGGGAGUUUGGCAUGCCACAGCCUUGGAAUUUCCCGUGCACCAAGCGCUUCUGGUGUCCGCCCAAGUCAUUAUCCCCACCCGGGCUGUUCCCUGUCCGACCCAGCGACGAGGAGCGACCUUCGGAUAAUUCAUCGGAACGUAAGACCUCCAAGUAUGUGGAUGCCAGAGCCAAAGGCAAAACCGCUGGUGUACAGAUACAGAAUCUCAGCAAAAGCUAUGGCAAGCGACAGGUGGUCGAUGGCCUCACAUUCGAUAUGUAUGAGAACGAGAUCAUGGUGCUCCUGGGACACAAUGGAGCAGGCAAGACCACCACCAUACAAAUGCUGACGGGCACCAUUCAACCCAGCUCCGGCACAGCGAUCAUCAACGGCUACGACAUACAAACCGAACACCUCCAGGCCCGUCGCUCCUUGGGCUUUUGUCCACAGAGAAGCGUCUUCUUCUCUGGCUUAAGUGUGGCCGGUCACCUGCGAUUCUACAGCCGCCUCAGGGGUCUAAAGGGGGCAGCGGUCAAGCAGGAAGUGAACAAAUACUUGCAGAAGCUGAACCUCACGGAAAAGGCGAACACCUCGGCUCGUCGUCUCUCUGGGGGGACACAGCGUCGGCUUGCGCUGGCCUGUGCCCUGUGCGGCCACGUCAAGGUCCUGUUCUGCGACGAGCCCAGUACGGGUCUGGAUCCCAGCUCGCGGCACGACCUGUGGAAGCUGUUGCUGGAUGAGAAGCGGGGACGCACCAUUCUGCUCACCACCCACCAAAUGGACGAGGGCGAGGUGUUGGCCGACCGCAUUGCCAUCAUAAGCGAUGGCCGGCUCCGGUGCCUGGGCACAUUGGCGUUCCUCAAGAAACAGAACGAAACCAGCUACCUGCUCACCUGCGAGAAGGGCCCCAACUGCAAUGUGUCCAGGUUGACCCAACUGAUCGCGAGCCACGUGCCCAACACGCGUCCUCAUAGUAACAUUGGAUCGGACGUGUCCUAUCGAUUGCCGCACCGCUUUUUGGGAUCCUUUGGCUCACUCUUCAACGACUUGGAACAACAGCAGGAUCAGCUGGAUGUGGUCGGAUUUGGCCUUAGCUCCACCAGUCUUGCAGAAAUAUUUAUGUCGCACGGUGCGGAAGAUCUUGGUGGUGGUGGAGGUCGGGGUCGCACUAGCGGCGGCGGCGGAGGUGGAUCGGAUCAGCAGAGGCCGGGACAGAGUCGGAGUCAGAGACAAAGCCAGGAACAGAGCCGUUAUCUUAACUGGUUCCAGCGCUACCUGGCCCAGUGGGAGGCCAUGAUGCUGAAGAAGCUGCUCCACAUAUAUGAUAAGAAGUGGAUAUUUCUGAUUAUCGUGCUGCUGCCCAUUAUCCCCUACGUGGUAGUUCUUAUUCGUAGGUCUUCGGGGAGCGCACUUCUGUCCAGGCUGCCGAUAACGCUGGCCGAUUAUCAAAGCGAUGACGUGAGAGUGAUACUGCAAUCGACAUCGGACGCUCGCCCUGUGCGGGAUAUUGCCAAUGCCUACCAAGAGUUGGCAAAGCCACACUGCACCGUCCAAAGAAUUAGCCAGAAUGUUAAGGACUUCGUCGGCCCAUCGGUGCAAGACACGCCACUGAGAUUAUACGAAAUGAAGCGCCGUCUUAUAGCAGCAGCCACCUUCGACAAAGAAACAAUCGCCUGGUGUAGAUCUCAUCUCUUCCCUCAUAGUGAUCCUCUUUCGCUCAGCCUCGCGUUCAACGCCAUGGCAAAAGCGGUGGUGGGUCCCGAUGCGAGCAUAGAGGUAACCAAUGCUCCCUACGAAGAGACUUCUUCCAUCGAUGAAGACAUAACGGUUUAUGCGACCGUGUGCAUUUGCAUAAUGACUUAUCUGUCCAUUGUCCUGCCGAUUUUCGCCAUCUCAGUGGCGCAGGAGAAGGUAUCGCAGAUACGGAUGCAGCAGCAGGUGUCCGGUGUGAACCUGACCACCUACUGGCUGACCCACUAUAUCGUGGAUUUGACCCUCUACUUUGCGUUUUCACUGGCACUGACACUGGCGGUGCACGAGUUGUGCAAUCCCUGGGACAUGUUGUCGAUACUCAUGAUCAUCGGAGCGGCGGGGCUUCCCUUUACCUAUUUAUUGGCAUGCCGUUUCCGAAGUGCUGGCUCAGCCGUGGCUGUAAUUAUCAACAUCAACAUUAUAGUCGGUACGGUCUUUGCCGUCAUGAUGAUAGGCAUAUGGCCCAGGUUAAAUGGAAUACUUUUUAUCAGUCCGCUGAUUAACAUAUUUUACCUUCAUCCUGUAUUUACUGGCACAUUUGCGGUAGCAAACUGUUUUAUAAGGAUUAAACAGUGCAAAUAUCUACCAGCGCCACUUGAACAAAUGGAAGAUUUAUUCAAAAUUUAUUGUACUCCUGGACUAACACCCGGCUUAUCACCAAGUCUCCCAAAAGUGUGCCCUUGCCGGGACAUUCCGGAUUGGGUGGAAACGAGGUAUAUGCUCAUUUCUGGUCUUUGCUAUCUGUUGUGGCUGAUUUUCGGCGAAUACUGUACCAUGCUAUGCUACGGCCUAAAAUAUUUUUGUACUUGUUGUAACAAAAAAGAAAAAUUCAAAGAUAGCGAUGUUGCUGCUGAGGCCGAAAGGGUAAGCAAAAUGUCGAGCGCGGAUCGCAAGGAGCAAGCUUUGGUCCUGAACAAUGUCUCGAAAAGAUUCUACACCUUUUCCGCCGUGGGUGGCAUAUCGUUCGCUGUCAAACCGGGCGUGUGCUUUGGUCUACUGGGCGCCAAUGGGGCCGGUAAAACGACCACCUUCAAGAUGAUUGUGGGCGAAAUUCCCAUGACGGCAGGCAAAAUUCAUGUCAGAGGCUGGAGCCUACAAUUCCGUCCCAGGGCAGCGAGGAAGCAGCUCGGAUACUGCCCCCAGCACGACACGCUUUUCGACUUUUGCACUGGUCGUCAAACACUCAGGAUCUUCCUUUUGCUGCGCGGCACACGCCGGAAUCUCCUCAGAGAAAUCUCUGAAAAGCUGGCCACCGACUUUGGCUUCCUUGCGCACCUCGACAAAAAGGUCAAGGACUACAGUGGCGGCACUAAGCGAAAGUUAAACGCAGCGGUGGCUGGCGAGGGCUCAUCGCUCGUUUGCCUGGACGAGCCCAGCUCCGGGGUCGAUCCGGCGUCCCGGCGCCACGUGUGGAAUGUCCUCUCCUCGCUGCGCGACAAGGGCAAGGCGGUGCUGCUUAGCUCUCACAGCAUGGAGGAGGUGGAGGCCCUCUGCUCGCAAUUGGCAAUUAUGGUGGAUGGGAAAAUUCAUUGCCUCGGAUCGCAGCAGCGCAUCAAGAAUAAGUUUGCCGAGAGUCUGGUGCUCAAGUUACAUGUAGAGACCGGAAAUCUGGAAAGCCUAACGUACACUGUGGAGAAGGUAAAGAAUCAAAUGGCUUCGGACUUUCCCAAGGCAUCGCUAGAGGAAGAGUUUGGAGGCAGGCUCACUUACCACAUACCCACCGCCAAACUGAGAUGGUCGAGGGUUUUCUCAUACGUUGAGAGGAAUCGCAGCCCUUGGAAGUUGGCGGACUACUCUCUGUCGCAGCCGUCGGUGGAAGAUGUCUUUCUGGACAUUGCGAAGAAGAACGCGCAGGAAAAAGCACAACAAAAUACUCAAAACAGGCAACCAAGGAGUCUUCCUAGCAAGAAGGAGUCCACCAAAUCAAGUGAGGAUAGUGGCCGCGCCACUAGCGUUACCAAGCCAUAA